GGGGAGGGGAAGGAAAGAGAGAGAGGGCUGCCUUUGUGACAGUGCCGUAGACCAGCAAUGUUUUGGUUUUUCAGUUGCUUGUUUUGCUUAAAUUUUUAAGUUGGCGAGUUUUGAUUCCUCUCGCAGACAUGCAUUCGGCCUUUUAGCAUUUAUUCUAUGUAACCUUUUCCCCUUUGGUGGACACCAUGUCAACUAAUUCAACUCAAGCAAUGUCGUCUGGAGAUGAGGCCUUUGACUUCUUGUUCAAAAUUGUCCUAAUUGGUGACUGUGGUACUGGGAAAACUUGUAUAGUGCAGAGGUUUAAAUCUGGUACAUUCGUCGAGAGACAUGGUAACACGAUCGGUGUGGACUUUUCCAUGAAAACUGUCGUCGUUGAUGGGAAAAGGGUUAAGCUUCAAAUCUGGGACACCGCAGGACAGGAAAGAUUCCGAACCAUUACUCAAAGUUAUUACAGGUCAGCGAAUGGCAUCAUCAUAGUUUAUGACGUUACCAAGAGAUCAUCAUUUCUCAGCCUCGAGAGGUGGAUAGAAGAAGUUCGCCGGUACACAGCAUCUAAUGUCAUGCUGGUUUUGAUUGGGAACAAGUGCGAUGCAGAGUCAAGUCGGGAGGUUACAUUCAAUGAAGCUACUGCUAUGAGUGAAUACUUACCUGAAAUCAUGCUUGUUCUUGAAACAUCAGCAAAGGAGAACACAAAUGUUGAAGAUGCUUUUAUGUUCUUGGCCACAGAGCUUAAGCGGAGGCAUGAUUGCAGUGCUUUUGGAGAUUCAUCUGACUCUGGAACCGUCCAGUUAGGUGAAGGGAAAUCAGUUCGUAGCUGUGGUGGAUGCUCUUCGUAAGAAGAACUUCCACUGUACAAAAUUGGGCUGUUACUGCUAACUGAGAUCUGUAGUUAAUUUUUCUAUAAUUGUUAUAUUGGAAGAAUAGUGAUCUAUUAUAAUUUUGACAUUUAUAAAAGAUUUGAACUUUGAGGCUCAUCAUUAAAAACUUAGGUUGCUCUAGCAUAAUAAGAAUCUUCAAUGAAGAACAUAUUUGUAUAUGAAUCUGUAUCUGAGCUUGAUUGAAACCAUUGAAAGUAUGUGCAGUGUUAAGAAGGCCAUUGGUAAACCCUGUCAAUGAUUUUUGUUAAUGAAAUUUUUAGUGCAGUGCUCUAAUACAUUGUGGGUGCAGCACUGUGUCAGGAUAUUUAAGAUGCACUCUCUUUUUUAGUAGCAUAAUGCUGUCUUCAGUGCUUCAAUUAAUGUCUUGUACUGCUGCUUGGUCACUGCUUUGUUUUUCCUCAUGUUUCAUUAUGGACUAAGUUUUAAUGAUUUUUUGUUGUUGUUAGCUAUGAUUAGCUAUGUGUUCUUGCCACAUGAAAUUGUUACCUUCACUUGUGUUUAUGCUUUGUUGUUACUGUAUUUAUAUGCAUAUAACCAAUUCUUGUGUUUUGCUUUUGACUAUCCAAAAUUCUCUGUGUUAUAUGCAAAUAAAUACAGUAGUUUGUUGCCUUUUGUUGUAGUUGAAUCUUAAUGUAUUAAAUUCCUUAAGAGUUAGGAGUAUGUUUAGAACAGCAGAGUUGAUAUACCUGCAGACAUCUUUGAAGUAUUAUUAGAAAGAUACAGGCAAGAUUGUCCUUAGAGUAAUCUUGCUUAGGUAAGUCUAUUUGUCUUCAAGAUUCAGUUUCAACUAUGUACUGUAUAGCUGCCUGAAUUAACUCCUAUCUUGACAAUGAUUGAACCAAUGCUUUUAAUUUAAUAGAUUUAUAUUUUGCAUUUUGAACUUUUUUUGUUCAAGGAAGUUUGUAGCUAACUACUCUUAAGCUGAUAGGCAUUGUCUGUUAGGUUGUGAGACAGUUGUUGGACGGUUUGUUUACUGAGCUUUUACACAUUGGGACCAUUCCUAAAAGUGGAAAAAUAAUGGACAAUACAGGAAUCGUUCUAAUUUAUUGUUCCAUUAGGAAAAGAAAAGGGUAAUUUUGUUCUUCCAAUUUGAUGAAAUGUUACUUAUCACAAGUUGUUAGCAGGUGAUGAUAUUUGCUUUGGGCACAUUUUCUUCUAGUAUGCAUCCUAGUUUUGCAUAUGCACGGUACAGAUUUUACUCACACAAUUGUUUGCACCAGAUGCAAAAGUAAUAUGUUUAUUGUGCUAUGCUCCUUAAUUUAGCAUUUAUGUUUUAAUCUCCUCUCCUCAACUCUCCCAUUACUGUAUCAGAUUUGCAUAGUUUUGUGCCAUAUUGCAAGGCAGAGCUAUUACCUUUGUGCUCCUAUGUUCAGGUGCAGUGUUUUUGGAAUGGAAGGGUCUGUAGAGUCACACCUGAUCAGCUCAACUUAUUGAAUCGCCUGUCUCAAAUUGUUUGCCAUCUGUUCAAGAAGCUUCAAUUUUUAAUUGUAAACAAAUUCAGAUUCCUCAGUGACUUAAAAUGAAAACCUUGUAAAAAUGUAGUAAUAUGAAUUUUGAAAUGUGUCAUUUCGUUGAUUAUUAUUGGUUACUAGAUCAUGCUCAUGUAUAUGGUUUCUGAAAAUUUAUUGAGAGACAAGCAUAGAGUGUAUCUUGUCUUUUCAAAAAUCAUAUGAUUUUGUAUAUAUUUGAAAACUUAACUAUUAUCAUAAACCGCAUUAUGAGUAGAAACUGAACCUCAGUCCCAAAUGUUUUUUGCUAGGGACUAACACUAAUUUCGUCCAGUAAUAGUAUAUUUGUUGUUGGUAAACCAAACAACUUACUGUGAUGUUUUUAAAUAAUUAUUUAAUAUUUAUUAAAUGGUGUUUGUCCACAUUGUUGGUUUUUGCAUUAGCUGUAGAAUUUGUGUUAUGAAGUUGCCUUUUUUUUUCUUUGUAUAGGUAGUAUGCUAUGAAUUUUUUAAAUGUUUACAUGUAACAUAUCCCACCAACUCCUCUGAUGUGAUAAAAUUCAAUGCAUGAUCCAUGACAAACUGAUAGCUUCAUUUAAGUGGUGUUUUGUAAUGUUGAUUUUUCUUUGAUAGUUAUAGAGAGUCUCUGAAACUUGGUCUUUUAAUUAACACGCAGAGACAGAGCAAGGCCCCACACCACUCACUAACUCGCCUGCCCAGUGUCCACUUGUGUUGUUUUACUUUAUUUUUUAUUGUUCAUUGAAGAUUUGACGACUUGGUCGAUCCUGCAUUUUAACAUCCCGUUUAGAAGCCACAAUAAAAAUUUUGAAACACGA